AUGAGUUCCUGGCAAGCAAUUGCGAAAAGCAAACAGGAGUCGCUCAGAGCUGCCAUUCCUUCCGAAUGGAUCAUUCCUCCUCAUCUUCUUCCCCCGGACCAUCAAACAGACGUCACAUCGUUCCCGCGACAGUCCGGAUGGUUCACGAACAGAGAGCUCGAGAUCCUGUCCACCGCGGCACCUAGGAUCCUGGCCCAUUUGGAAACCGCGUCAUGGACAUCAGAGGAGGUGACGAAGGUGUUCUGUAAGGCUGCUGCCGCGGCUCACCAAUUGACGAAUUGCCUCUCCGAGAUCCUCUUCGACGAAGCCAUCGCUCGAGCCAAGGAACUGGACCAACACUUGCAAAAGACAGGCAAGCCAAAAGGCCCAUUCCAUGGUCUCCCAAUCUCCCUCAAAGACAACUUCAACAUUAUCGGCAAAGACUCCACGGUGGGCUUCACCUCGCUGGUCAACGACCCCGCCACAUACAACAGUACCCUCACAGAUCUCCUCCUGCAAGGCGGAGCAGUGCUGUAUGUGAAAACCAACGUGCCCACCGCGAUGAUGAUCGCCGAGACGGUCAACAACGUCUUCGGCCGGACCGUGAAUCCCCUCAAUCGGAAGCUGACAUCCGGUGGCUCGUCCGGGGGUGAAUCGGCGCUUAUCGCAUUCGGGGCGAGUCGCAUUGGCGUUGGAACCGACAUUGCGGCUUCAGGUGGCUCGCUCCGUAUCCCAGCCGCUUGUACAGGUAUCUUCACACUGCGGCCGUCCUUCGGACGAUUCCCGAACCUCCAGACUCGAUCAGGGCUGGCGGGCCAAGAAGCUGUGAACAGUGUCAAUGGCCCUAUGGCGACGACAUUGGAGGAAAUCACAUUCUACUCCAAGACCGUCAUCGACCAAGAGCCUUGGAUCAACGACCCGAAGUGUCUUCCGAUCCCGUGGCGUCCGGCGGAGCCAAAGCACCGACUCAGACUGGCUGUCAUGUGGAACGAUGGCAUCGUCACCCCCACGCCGCCCGUAGCUCGGGCACUGAAAGAAACGGUCGAGCGACUGAGAAAGGCCGGUCAUGAGGUGAUCGACUGGGUGCCAACGGGACACCAGGCAGCGCGAGAGCUUUUGCAUCGCAAGUUCGUUGCCGACGGUGGCAAGUCAGUGCGUGGGCUCCUGGCGCCGACGGGGGAGCCGUUCCGGGAGGAGAUGCGAGACUACGAGAAGGCGACAGAGCUUGGGGUCCAUGAAAUGUGGCAGAUCCAUCUUGAGCGGAAUACUCUGCAGAAAGACUAUCUUCACCGAUGGAAUGCGAGCGGAAUUGACGGAAUUCUCUGCCCAACAACUCCAUACAGCUCCGUGGAGCACGGUAAGUUUGCGUAUGUGGGAUACACUGGAGUGUUCAAUGUCCUGGACUACUCGGCUGUCUCCUUCCCUUGCGGUGUGACGGCUAGUAAGGCUUUGGAUGCGUCGUAUCACGGCCACAAAGCAUUGAGUGAUGUAGACGCCAGGAUACAGCAUGAUUAUAACGCUGCCGCAGUUGACGGGAUGCCGGUCAGUCUGCAGUUAGUCGCACGGCGACUCGAAGAAGAAAAGGCCCUGAUGAUGACGGGCGUGGUACUGCAAGCCGUGUCUACCGGCUGGAAGUCCAAACUAUAA